AUGGCUGAAGGUAAGCGAGAUUUUGUUUCGCAGCUGAAUAUCUUCAACAAGGAAAACUAUACCUUCACAACGCAUUCUAAGAAUGAAGAAACUUUGGAGCAGGAUAGCUCCUCUGGGUUGGAAAACGAUGAGCACUUCGUUGGCGAGCUGGAUCAAGGAAACAGACAGCUAGGAUUAUUUUCAUGCAUCGGCCUGAUUUGCAAUAGAAUGCUUGGCACUGGCGUAUUUGCAACAUCAUCCACAAUAUACAUGCUAUGUAACUCAGUUGGCUUGGCAUUGAUUAUAUGGGUAGUCGGUGCAAUAAUUUCAUUAGCCGGUCUUUAUGUUUACUUGGAAUUUGGUACAGCAAUUCCUAAGAAUGGUGGUGAGAAGAAUUAUUUAGAAUUUAUUUUCAAGAAACCAAAAUUUUUUAUCACCUCGAUGUAUGCAGCAUACAUUUUCUUCUUAGGUUGGGCAGCUGGUAAUUCUGUAAACACUGCUGUCAUGUUUCUCACAGCAUCUGGCACUGAAGUUACUGAAUGGAAUCAACGUGGUGUUGGUGUAGCUGUUGUUGGAUUUGCCUUUCUGAUAAAUGCUGUCAACGUUAAAGCUGGACUUUAUUUACAAAAUUUAUUAGGCAUUUUUAAGAUUGGUAUCGUGCUCUUUAUUUCUGUGACAGGUUGGGUGGCACUAGGUGGUGGUUUAAAAGGUGGAUAUAAAACAGACAAUUUUCAUAAUGCAUUCGAAGGCUCUAGGGACGCUACAGCGUAUGGAGUGGUUAACGCCUUGUAUAACGUCAUUUGGUCAUUUGUGGGAUAUUCGAAUGUCAAUUAUGCUUUAGGGGAAGUUAAAAACCCUGUGAGAAGUUUGAAGAUUGCAGGGCCUACAUCCUUGGUUGCCAUAGCUGUUAUCUAUAUUUUGGUUAAUGUCGCGUAUUUCGCUGUUGUGCCAAAGCAGACAAUGAUUACAUCAAAGUUGAUUCUCGCGGCUGACUUUUUUGAUAUCGCGUUUGGACCAACUGCCAAAAAAGCAUCCGCAGUUUUUGUUGGUUUGAGUGCUCUGGGGAAUGUUUUAUCAGUCAUUUUUUCACAGGGUAGAAUCAUUCAGCAAUUGGGUCGUGAAGGUAUUUUACCAUUCCCAAAAUUUUUUGCAUCAUCCAAACCAUUCAAUUCUCCAACUGUCGGCCUAUUUCAACAUUUUAUUGUUUGCGUUGUGACAAUACUGGCACCUCCAGCAGGAGAUGCGUAUAACUUCAUUUUAAAUUUGAUUUCAUAUCCCAUGAAUAUAAUUAAUUUCUUCGUUAGCGCGGGACUGCUAUGGAUCUACUGGCAACGCCGUAAAGGGCUAAUUGAGUGGAAUCCUCCCAUCAAGGCUGGCGUAACCGUCACUAUUUUUUUCCUAUUAUCGAAUCUGUAUUUGAUUGUUGCACCAUAUGUCCCACCUACAGAGGGACAGAGCGUUUAUAAUACUCUGCCAUACUGGAUUCACUGUGUCGUAGCAUGGGCUAUCUUUGGAGUUGGUGCAAUUUAUUAUCUCAUUACCGCUCAAAUUUUGCCUAAAAUUGGUCAUUAUAGGCUCGAAACUAAGGAAAUUAUUGGUGAAGAUGGGUUCUGGAGAACCGACAUCAUCAAAGUAUAUGACGGUCAGGAAAUUGAAGAUACCGAUUUCGACAACCAUAAAGUAACAGCAUUCAGCUCUGAAGAAAGUAAAUUUUUUCAGUAA